AUGGCAGAGGACGCAAUUCUAGGAUACCUGGAGAAAAACGAUCAUAUUUCAGACUCAGGCGAGUUCGCAGCUGAACGCAGAAUCGAUCACAACGAGAUUGUCAAUGUUAUCAAGAGUCUCCAUGGUUUCAAAUAUGUUGAUGCACAGGACAUUAAAAGGGAGAUGUGGGUGCUUACUGAUGAAGGAAAUGCAUAUACUGCUACUGGAUCACCUGAAGUGCAACUGUUCCUGGCCAUACCACCAGAGGGUAUUCCAAAAGAAGAAUUGCAGAAAAAGCUGGAUCCAUCAGUUUUCAAAAUAGGUUGCGCCCAGGCUGCAAAGAAUAAAUGGGUGGAGAUGGGAAAACAACUUGUCACCAGAAAGAUCCAACAUGUGGAUGACAAAGUCAAAGAUUUGCUUCUACGGAUACAAGAAGGGCAGGCCAUCAACCAAGAUGACAUUAAGGCUCUCAAAGCAAGAAAGCUUAUUGUUCCACAAACGUGGAAGGGCUACUCAGUGAAAAAGGGCCCCAAUUAUGCUCCCAAAAGAAAGAAAGUUGCUACGGAUUUGACUCGAGAGAAUCUGCAGAGGGGUGAUUGGAAGGAAAUAGAGUUCAAAGAGUAUAACUUCACCGCCAAAGGUCUGCCUACUGAAGGUGGUCAUCUACAUCCACUGCUCAAGGUACGACAGCAAUUGAAGGAUAUUUUCAGACAGAUGGGGUUUGAGGAGAUGCCUACAAACAAUUAUGUUGAGAGCAGCUUUUGGAACUUUGAUGUGCUUUUCCAGCCGCAACAACACCCUGCCCGUGAUUCUCAUGAUACGUUUUUUCUACAAGGUCUUUUUAACGCUGUUGCUUUUAUCAUGAGCACUUCUGAACUGCCUGAAGAUUAUGUUCAGCGGGUGAAGCAGAUUCAUGAGUCUGGUGGUUAUCAAUCCCGAGGAUAUGGAUAUGAUUGGAAAAGAGAGGAAGCAGACAAAAAUCUUUUGCGAACUCACACAACUGCCGUUUCCUCCAGGAUGCUGUACUUACUAGCACAGAAACCAUUUGCCCCGAAAAAGUACUACUCUAUAGAUCGUGUAUUCAGAAAUGAAGCGGUAGAUCGAACUCAUCUUGCAGAGUUCCACCAGAUAGAAGGUUUGGUAUGUGAUCGAGGGCUUACUCUUGGUGACUUGUUAGGAGUACUCCAUGAAUUCUUCGCACGUCUGGGCAUGUCGAAGUUGCGAUUCAAGCCCGCUUAUAAUCCAUAUACUGAGCCUAGCAUGGAGAUUUUCAGUUAUCAUGAAGGUUUUGGGAAAUGGGUAGAGGUUGGAAAUUCUGGCAUGUUUAGACCUGAAAUGUUGCUUCCUAUGGGACUCCCUGAAGAUGUUCGUGUUAUUGCAUGGGGCCUCUCCCUCGAAAGACCUACCAUGAUACUCUACGGGAUUGACAACAUCCGAGAUCUUUUCGGACACAAGGUCGAUCUUGGUCUCAUCAAGAGAAACCCAAUAUGCCGCCUUGGAUUAUAG